AUGGCCCGCCCCCACCGGAUCGCCUCAUCUCAGCUGUCCGCAUUUCUCCUUUUCCUACUCGCGGCCGCGUUUUCUUCCUGCUCCGAUGCGCGCAUUCGCAUCCCGCGCUUCCCGGGUUCGUUCCACAGGCAGCAGAAAAUCCGGGCGAGCGCGCACGUAGAUAAGAUCGGAAACAUCUAUAACGAAGUUGCCGCGUCCGGAGCUUCGGCUCGCGGCGGUUACGCCUGGAACGUCUCUUAUUUCACCCAGAAUCUCGACCAUUUCUCGUUCACCCAGUCGAGCUACGCCACGUGGCAGCAGAAGUACAUCUGGUGGGACGGCGCGUGGGGCGGCGCGGAGAGCGGCGCGCCGAUCUUCGUGUACUGCGGCAACGAGGGGCCGAUCCAAUGGUUCAUGGACAACGCGGGGUGGAUCCGCGAGAUCGCUGUCGAAUUUGGCGCGCUUGUCGUGGGACCCGAGCACCGGUACUAUGGGGAGUCGAUGCCAUUCGGCUCGGAAAAGGAAUCCUUCAGCAACGCGUCGACUCGCGCGUUCCUCACCACAGAGCAGGCCAUGGCGGACAUGGCGUUGUUUCUCACAGCUCUCAGGGCCAACUUAUCCGCGCAUGACUCGCCCAUCAUCCUCUUUGGCGGCUCUUACGGCGGCAUGCUCGCAGCAUGGUUCCGCCUCAAGUACCCGCACAUAGCAGCGGGCGCCAUCGCAGCAUCGGCGCCCAUCCUGCAAUACGAGGAUAUUGUGCCCAGCGAUACCUUCUACCGCAUAGUAUCGCAUGAUUUCAAGAUAGAGAGCGAGAGCUGUUUUGAGGCCAUUAAGAGCAGCUGGGCAGCAGUCAGGGAGGAGGCAGCAGCUGAGGGAGGGCUCACCCGCUUGUCACACCAGUUCCACCUUUGCAGCCCGUUGACCGAUGCAGAUGAUCUUAUCUCAUGGUUGGAAACGGCAUACAUCUACAUGGCAAUGGUGGAUUACCCAGUGCCCUCCGAUUUCCUCAUGCCACUGCCCGCCCACCCCAUUCGAGAGCUGUGUCGGCGAGUUGACAGCCUCCCUGCAAGUGCCAGCCUUCUUGAUCGCAUCGUUGCUGGAGUGGGCGUGUAUUACAACUACUCGGGCGCUGAGGCGUGCUUCAGCGUUGGCGAUACCGAUCCCCAUGACAUGUCCAAUGGGUGGGACUUCCAGGCAUGCACGGAGCACGUGAUGCCUAUGAGCAGUAACGCCAGCAACAGCCUUUUUGAGCCGUUCGAGUGGAACCAGACGGCCUUUGAGGAGAACUGCUUGCAGCAGUACGGCGUGCCUCCCCGACCCACGUGGGCCAUGACCCAGUUCGGUGGACGGUCCAUCCGUUCAGCCCUGCGCCACUUCGCCAGCAACAUUGUGUUUUCCCAGGGGGCGCUUGACCCUUGGAGUGGAGGCGGAGUGCUCGAAGACAUUUCAGACACCCUAGUCAGCCUCACCAUUCCUGACGGUGCACACCACCUCGACCUAAGGGCGUCCACCCCAGCUGACCCCCCUUCGGUGCGGAAGCAGAGGAAGGAGGAGAAGAAGCACAUACAGAAGUGGAUUAAGCAGUGGCACAAGGACAGGGAGGAGGCAAAGAAGCAUGGGAGGAAUGGCCUUCGUUUCAGCCUCACCUCUCCUCUCGUUGUAUCCUUCUUGCCUUCAUUUAAUGACUUCUCUCGCUCUCUCCCAUCCCCCGUUCCCUUCCCCUUUGCAGCCUGCUCUCUUCCUUCUAAGACGCCUCGUCCACCUCCCGUGCUCACUUUGCUCUCUUUCACAGCCUCUUGCGUCAUUAUUCCUCCUCUCUUCCAUCCCGCCCCCUCUCUUUCCAUUCCCCCUUGCAGCUCGCUCCCUUCCUUUGAAGACAUCUCCUCCACCUCCCUUGCUCUCUUCAUCCUCUCUCUCGCCCUCCUCGCCACAUCCGUCGCCGUAUCCCUCUCUGCCACUCGCUGGGCACGACCCAUUGGCACCACCUACUCACCCGCAUUGCGCCAUCCGCUCAUGGGGGAGAGGCAAGGCAAUGAGUACAAGAGUUUUGAGACGCUGGAUGAAGCCAGGUCCUACCUCGCCUUGCCUAAUGUCUCUUCGCCCUUCACGCAACCCGCGGAGGCUCCAAGUCACGCCUUUAUGCCUGCUGCUGCCGCUACUGCUGACCCGUAUACCAGUGCUUCUUCAAAUUACUCCUUUACGCCCUCUGCUGCUGCUCCCGCUACUGCUGCUAUUACUCUUUUUCCUGUCGCAACAGGGGUAUACGAUGGUGCUGCACUUUCGUUUCUCUCCUUUCCCUUCUUCCUCCCUCCCUCUCCACUCCACCCUAAGAAGGCGCUCUACCGCAUGGAGUUUGACGGCGCCUCCAAGGACCGUUCUGCCUACUCAACGCCCUCCUCCUCGCAACGCGCCUUCUCGCUCCUACUCCAUGCCUCUUCGAACCCCCCCCAGGCACUUUACCGCAUGGAGUUUGACGGAGCCUCCAAGGGCAACCCGGGGCGGGCAGGGGCGGGGUCUGUGCUUCGGGAUGAACAUGGCAACGAGUUGGUGUGCAUGAAGGAGGGCGUGGGGCACGGCACGUGCAACAUGGCAGAGUACCGCGCGUUCAUAGGGGGGGUGGAGCGGGCUCUGGCUCUCGGCAUCACCAGAUUGCACGUGCAAGGGGACUCCAUGCUCGUGGUCAUGCAGGUGCAGGGCAAAUGGAAGGUGAAUGCGGAGAUGCUGUGGGAGCCGUGCAGGCAAGCACAGCAGCUGGUGUGCCGGUUCAGAGAGAUUGCCAUCCGCCACGUGCCCAGG